AUGUCAGCUAUUGCACUAAACAAUAGCACAGGCAUAGAUUUCUUUGGCAUGAAUAACACUGUCAGCAUGGAAUUGCUGUAUUCAGAAAACAUCAGAGUCAUUAUCAUUGUGCUUAUAUCUUUGCUUAUUGUGCUCACAGUUCUUGGUAAUAUUCUGGUAAUGUUAGCUUUCAUUUUAGAUAAGAGACUGAGAACUCAAAGCAACUUCUUUCUCCUGAAUUUGGCCAUCUGUGAUUUCUUAUUGGGAGCAGUUGCCAUCCCUUUGUAUGUUCCUUAUAUGCUGACAGGAAAGUGGAUUUUUGGAAGAUUUUUAUGUAAAUUAUGGUUAGUAGUUGACUAUACAAUGUGCACUGCAUCAGCAUUUAAUGUUGCUUUAAUAAGUUAUGACAGAUUCCUUUGUGUCACGAUGGCUGUAUUAUAUCGUUCCUUACAGAAGAGGCACAGUCAGACUGUUUUUAAGAUGCUCAUUGUCUGGAUACUAUCAUUCCUCCUAUACAGCCCAGCCAUUCUUUUAUGGGAAAACAUUGUUGGUUACAGUAAUAUUCCUGAAGACCUCUGCAUUGCUGAAUUUCAUUAUACAUGGUACUUUCUUCUGGUGGCGUCAUCCAUUGGUUUUGCCCUCCCCUUUAUCAGUAUUUCAUUCUUUAAUCUGAGCCUCUACUGGAACAUCACUAAACGCAGCCGGAAGAAAAGACAUUCCUUGGCUCAAUUGGCAGGAAAGAAGGAGAACAAUGUCAGUUCAUACAUUAUAGCAACUAAUUUCAUUCUAGCUAAUGGAAAGUCAAAUGGACAGCAGGACUAUAAGUCCCCUAUGCAGAGAAAGCAACAAUCAGGAGGCCGAACCCGCUCAUCUAGUAAACAAAAUGAAGGUGUGCAUAGUGGGGACUUACAUGUCAUAAAACUCUCCCGGGACAAGAAGGUCGCUCAGUCUCUAGCAAUUUUAGUGUGUGUUUUUGGCAUCUGUUGGGCCCCCUAUACAUUUCUCAUGAGUAUCCGUGCUGCCUGUCAUGGCUAUUGUAUUGAUUCCUAUUGGUAUGAUGUCACUUUUUGGCUUCUUUGGAUAAAUUCAGCUAUCAACCCUGUUCUUUAUCCACUGUGCCACAAACAAUUUAGAAGUGCAUUUCUUAGAGUCUUCUUACACAUGUGUUUAUGGAAAACUGUACAAUAA